GAGCAUCGCCGGGUUCUCAGGGAGGGCGCGGUAGGCGGAGCCAGCAGAGUCCGUCACCGCAGCGGUCGCGUCACUGCCGAGGGGGCGGGCCCCGGGAGGCGUUCGGGGUCACGGAGGCUGCUGCUGCUCCCGCCCUCCCGUCGGGCCCCGCACCGACUCACAAUCUCUCGCUUUGCGUUUCUCUCCCGGCUGCAUCCGGACGAAGAUGGCAACCGAUGGGCUGCACGAGAACGAGACGCUGGCGUCGCUGAAGAGCGAGGCCGAGAGCCUCAAGGGCAAGCUAGAGGAGGAGCGGGCAAAGCUGCAUGACGUGGAGCUACACCAGGUGGCCGAACGGGUGGAGGCCCUGGGCCAGUUUGUCAUGAAGACCAGAAGGACCCUCAAAGGCCAUGGGAACAAAGUCCUGUGCAUGGAUUGGUGCAAAGACAAGCGGAGAAUCGUGAGCUCCUCACAGGAUGGGAAGGUGAUUGUCUGGGAUUCCUUCACUACGAACAAGGAGCACGCGGUCACCAUGCCUUGCACCUGGGUGAUGGCGUGUGCUUACGCUCCGUCAGGAUGUGCCAUUGCUUGUGGUGGUCUGGAUAAUAAGUGCUCCGUGUACCCGCUGACAUUUGACAAGAACGAGAACAUGGCCGCCAAGAAGAAGUCUGUUGCUAUGCACACCAACUACCUGUCUGCCUGCAGCUUCACCAACUCGGACAUGCAGAUUCUGACAGCCAGCGGGGAUGGCACCUGCGCCCUGUGGGAUGUGGAAAGUGGACAGCUGUUACAGAGCUUCCAUGGGCACGGAGCUGACGUCCUCUGCUUGGACCUGGCCCCCUCGGAAACUGGAAACACCUUCGUGUCUGGGGGUUGUGACAAGAAGGCCAUGGUGUGGGACAUGCGCUCUGGCCAGUGUGUGCAAGCCUUUGAAACUCAUGAAUCUGAUGUCAACAGUGUCCGGUACUACCCCAGUGGGGAUGCUUUUGCUUCUGGAUCAGAUGAUGCCACGUGUCGCCUCUAUGACCUGAGGGCAGAUAGAGAGGUCGCCAUCUACUCCAAGGAGAGCAUCAUAUUUGGAGCAUCGAGCGUGGAUUUCUCCCUCAGCGGUCGCCUGCUCUUUGCUGGGUACAAUGACUAUACCAUCAAUGUCUGGGAUGUUCUCAAGGGCUCCCGGGUCUCCAUCCUGUUUGGACAUGAAAACCGUGUCAGCACUCUGCGAGUGUCUCCUGAUGGGACAGCAUUCUGCUCGGGAUCGUGGGAUCACACCCUAAGAGUUUGGGCAUAACCUUCUCACAGUGUGCAAGAAGAACGUGUGUCCUCUCGUGUAGAUACGACUUCUCCAUGAGCCCAGGGCUUCCCACAGAUUAGCUUAUGGGAGCAAUCUCACAGCUCGGCACUCACUCACCCCGUCCAGUGUCUCCAUGAAAUCUGUCCCCUCCCUGGAAAUACUCGGAUAGGCCGUGGCACUUCAACUGGACCUUCAAGCCCUUCUUUCAUCUCAAAAACUCUGCUAAGUUUUGUCUGUUUUUGAAAUUAUUCCAACCAAUAGAAUUCCACAUUUUAUCAGCAUUUAAAAUGCCCCUCGUUGUUUCCUUGGAUCUAGUCUGUCUUCAGAGCACUUUAAACUCUACCUUUUCUUGGCGUGGACUGUGGCUUCUAGAACCAUCCUCGGGAUGUGCCGGUUAUGUGAACUGUAAGAAUGACUGUUCACUGAUCUGUAAUAGAAGGAAAUUCCAGUUCCAGAUGUAACUACACAGAAUCACUUUUUAAAACUGUUUUUAGGUAAAAAUACCUUUUUUCAA